AGCAGAUGCUCUAUCCUUUCCAUCUUAGCAAACAUGAUACACACAGGUUGCAUCAUCUACAUCUUUAUGCUGGUCAUUCUCACUGGGGCUUCUGAAAGCGGCAUCUUCGGAGGCCGCAUUUCAAAGCCUCACUCCAGGCCCUAUAUGGCAUCACUUCAGUAUAGAACAGAACACAAAUGCGGUGGCAUUCUUAUUCGAAAGGACUUUGUUUUAAGUGCGGCACACUGCUUUCUUGACCAAGUGGUACUUGGAGCCCAUAAUCUCAGUGAGAAGGAGAAAACUCAGCAAAGGAUCAAAGUGGCAAAGUUCUACAAGCAUCCAAAAUUCAACGGAGGUUUUCACAAUGACAUUAUGUUGCUUAAGCUGGAAAACAACGCCAAACUGAAUAAAUACGUCCAGCCCAUUGAGUUACCAAAGAAAGAAAAGAAAAUAAACGCCAACCUUGAUUGUCUAGUGGUUGGCUGGGGCAAAACUGGACGAAAUGAACCCAUUUCCACUGUUCUGAAAGAAGCGACAGAAAAGACACAACUCAAGAUUGAAUGUGAUACAAUCUGGAAAGAAAAUUUCACUGCCCAGCAAAUGAUUUGCACCAAGUUUAAAAGGAACAUGGGAGGAAUAUGUCAGGGUGAUUCUGGUGGACCUCUGAUCUGCAAAAACAAGCUUCAGGGUAUAAGUGCUUUUACUGCUGAAAACCAAUGUGACAAUCCAAAGUUCCCACAUGUAUUUACUAAAGUUAAUUUCUUUCUUCCCUGGAUCAAAAAAAUAAUGCAGAAAUAAGACCAAUGUUGUACCCACUUUAUUUUCAUUUACAAAAAACAAAAAGCUGUGACAACCCUUCAUUGCAUUGUUUGAAAAAAACAAAACAAAAAAACAUUAUAGUUAUAAUAUUGUUAGAAUCCACAAUAAAGCCAUAUUCCUAA